CAUAUCAACCCAUCACUUCUUCACCAAAUCAAAAGCAACCAACGCAUUAGUAAUCUUAUCCCAUCUGUCGAUCCCAAACCACUUUUAAUUACCAGCCAUGUUGAGAGCGUUGAGCACUCGCAGAAGCCACAACAAGUAUGAAAAGCUAGUUGAUAACAAUGAAUCUUCUGCGGCGGGUCUCCUGGUGGGAGGAGGUAGUGAUUAUCAGCUUAAAAGGAGCAAAACCUUGCCGGUUCGAUUUUUUGGGUCGGCCAGUAAAAGAGGUCAGAAGGUGUCUGUGGAGGUGGAGCUUAAGUUGCCGUCCCUCCCAGCAGUGAAACCGGCGAUGAAGGUUAACAAAAGUCACCCACUUUUCAGCCUCUUCGAUCGACGGCGCCAGAACAAGAGGACCACUUCGAGACCGGAGUUCGCUAGGUACAUCGAGUAUGUGAAGGAAGGCAGAGGCUCAUUUUACUACAAGUGAUGAGAAGUUGAAACAGCAACCAAAAAAAAAAAAAAAAACAACUUUGGUUGCAUUGUUUAUGUAAGGAAGCCUUUUUUCCUUUGUUGGUUCUUCUUCGAAUUGUGCAGAAGAAGCUGUGGAUUGAGAUGUUCUUUCGUUGAUUUAGGGCAAAAGGUUUAGGUUUUUUUUUUUUCCUUCUUCAUUUCUUUCUUCUUAUUGGGGUUGGAUAUUCUCUCUGUGUUCAUGUUCUGGCUGAGUUUGAGUUGAUGAUCAAACGGGCCUGCCCGAAGGGAGUCUAGACAAAAGCAAUAGAGGCUUCAGAAUGAAACUUGAAAAUGAAG